AGCUCACUCACGCGCGGGUCGGGUCGGGGAAAACUCCAGAAAACGCUAGCUAGCAUGUGUUUAUGAGGAGAGAGCCUCAAGAGAACUGAAACAUCAGCAGAGAACACUACUGGACAGAGAAAAGACCAGAAAAUGUGCUCGACGCUUACUUUUGAAAUGUGAUGCACGACGCGACUAAAUGCUUGGCUUCGCCGAACCACCACUGCCACGUUCAAGAUAGAGAAAGUGCUUGUAAAAGAUGAAGCAGACCACCGCCACCGCAGAAUGAGCGAAUCCGAGCCCGUUAGCUUGGAGUUCAUCGAGGAUCCGUAUUUGCCGCGCCUCGAUGAGCUCACCACAACGCCCUCGCUCGAUCAGGACCAGGAUUCUGCGCUAGGAGCGGACUCGGAUUGGUACGAGGAGGCCGAAACAGAGGCCGAACAAUAUCUGCGCAACCUGACCCUUGAACAAAUCUUUUACGACGUGGACUCGGACUACGCCAACACCCUGGAGCUGCAGGCUGGGGAGACCGAGUUCUUGGGCCACAAGCUGGCCAAUCAGGCGCCAUCGUCAUCGAUAGCGAAGCGCUUUCGUCUCAGGUUCUUUACCAGGCGUACAAUGCGAGACGUUAAGGUCACGUUCAUAGAUUUCUCGAAACCGUACCUGGCAAAGAUAUCAAAUAGCGAUAACUACAAGCGGUUUCUCAGCAUCGGUCAAAGCGGCAGAGAUAACAGCGCCAACCUUUCGGAUCCAGCCUCUCCAGCAGCUUCUGUGGCUUCAGCUGAAAUUGCCGCCGAGUUUGCCGCGCUCAGCACGGAGGAGAAGGAGCAGCGACGCGCCGAAUGGAGUCAGGAACUGGCCCGUGUGGAGGAGGAAAUCAUCACGCUUCGGACUGUUUUGGCCUCGAAGACCCGUCAUGCUUCUGAUCUCAAACGCAAGCUGGGCAUCACCGUCUGGAAGGAGCUGACAGAGGACGUGAAUCAGGGCGUGAAAAAUAUCAAGGAGAGCACUGUGUAUCAGCGCACCGAAUCGGUGCUCAAGACUACGGGCGAGAAGACCGCUUCGGUGUUCGGGAGCUUUACCAGUGGCAUUUCGUCGAGAUUGUCACAAAUGAAAAACUCCGAGUCGAUGCGUUCUAUCGAGGCUUCAGUUGGCUCUGCCUAUGAGAACGUUAAAGUAAGCUAUGAACACAACAAUUUUAUGUGUCAAUCUCAUGCGACUAAGGUGACAUCCCGCUCGGGCUCGGUUUCCAGUUUCCCAGACGCUAUGGAUGAGAACAAUACAUCCUCGGGACUGAACUCGCCCACAGACUCACUUACCAAAUAAAUUCCAUGGGAACAUCAACACCAAGAACACAAACCAACAACAAACAGCACGCGUUAAAUAAUAAAGGAUUGAAAAUAUAUGCUAAAACACACACCAACCACUUUUCUAACAAUUUCGAUUGCGAUAUACUGUGUGUGUUUCUGCGCCUAACCAGAACUUAAUCAUUUAUUUCAUAUGUGUGUGUGUAGUUCUAUCGUCAAAAUAAUAUUGAAAAUGUUUGGCCCAAAGGAGGAUACUACUAAUAUGCAUAUUUAUAUACAUACAUAUAUCUGUGUGAAACUUUAGAGCUGCAUUAAUGCUUUGAACUUUAACCGAGUGGAGAACUUGCUGCAUUCAUUUACAUAUAAUAUAUACUAUACUGUUCUACCUAUCAGCAUAAGUGUAUGUGUAAAGACCCCACUAACCCCCGCAUCGAGGACUCGAUGUGAACCUCUUCAUUCUCAUUUUUUUCAAUACUUAUUAACUUUAACAGCAAACCAUUUUUGAAG